AUGCACGAUGACCUUGCCCUUCUCGUCGACACAUCCCAUCCAAUGAUACGGCCGGAACUCGAGCGAGCCCUCGAACAGGCCAGAAAAAUCAUCCAAUCACAAGGAAGAUUUUGUAUCCAAAUAAACUUUGGCUUAGCGAUCGAUCGCUGGUUAAAAACGUACUACCCGAGUGGCUAUUGUAGUAGCUGCCGUUUAAAAUCACACAGAGCGUACCUCUAUAUAACAAACUUCGACAAGCAGUUGCAUAUUUUUGAGUGCAACGCUCUCUGGUGCAUAUAUCGCUACCUAAAAUGCUACGACAUCAUCAUCAACAUCAACGCUCCAGUGGUCAGGCGAGCCAUGCUGGCCAUCAGCGGAAAGAUCAUUGAAGUGACACGGUGA